GUAUGAUUUGAUGUUUCUAUAUUAGUAAUGUAGUACAUUAUCGUUCAGUAUAAUGCAAGUACACACUGCAAUACAGUUGGAGCUAAUAAUUCAUAUACUAGUAAUUAAUGUAAUCAAUCUAGAUACUGAUUUUCUGCACACAGGACCAAUGAUAACCGAAUUUGACAAUGACUUGUGAUUUUGUAUCGGAAUACAACUUAUUAAAAAGAUCAACAGUGGGCUAUAGGAGCGAGUACGUGUACGACCAUGUAGCCUUGAUAAAACUACUUAUGCCAGCUCUACAGUCGCAGAAAGGAUACUUUCAUGAAAAAUAUGAGAUUCAAAAACACAGAGCUAUGAGUGUGAUUGAUUAUGGACAGACAGCAGAAGACCACCAGAGUUUGCUGGUUUUGGUGAAACACACAGGACUGACAUUAUCUCAACAAAAGUUCAGGAAAAUAUGGGAGAGGAUCCAAAAAUUAAGUUCUGUGGGCAUUCCAGGACAGAAACGAAAUGCCUGGGUUCGAUACAAACAGAACUACCCUAAGGAGAACAAUGAUUGGGGUGAUUAUCAAGCUCACAGGAAGGCAUUAGGACUGAUCUCAGUCGGAGAGUGUAGUACAAAUGAGGAGUUUGAAGAAUUAUUUGAGAGUUAUAGAAAUGUCAAAGAAGACUACGCAAAUACAUUGUUUAAUUCUCGCCUCAUUGUAUUUGGCAUGAAUAGAAAUGGGACUCCUCUGAGUGAAGAAACAGAGGACGAUGAAACGAAGUCAGACCGGGUAUCUCCAGGGAGGGCGGAUAGUGAAGACAGCGGGGUCACGUCAGAUAUCAGUCCCUCAGAGAAUGUCACAGAGCCCUACAAGCCUGCCCUCACAGAGACUAAGAGUGAUCCCUCAAGCUCAAGUACAAAAAACAGUGAAGGCAAAAUCACUUUUAUGAGUAAGAAACCAGUGAAAAAACAAGAAAGCAGUCCACUUUUCCAAAGUUCUCCAAUUUCAACUCCACCUGGAACCCCUGUCUUCCGUAGACCACACAGUAAUAGUUUCACUAAAGACAGCACUGGUGCAGAAGUCAUAUUCUUUCCUAGUAUUCUUGAUAGUCAGGACUUAGAAGAAAAGUUAAAAGAAUUUGUUGUGUCUUUAUUCUUUGUGUUAGAGGGUAAACGUCUGGAUCGGUCAUUUGAACGCCAUGACAGAAUUCAGCUCUUAUGUGCACCAUUUGAAAGGAAGGACUACAUUGGAUUAGAUACAGACACUAAGUCUUUUAGAAAGAAGUGUCAAGGAAGAUUACGGAAGCACCUUGCUGAUUUGUGUUUACAAGCUGGAAUUCCAGGGGAAGCAAUCCUCCAUUAUGAAACUGCCAUAGAUAUUUUACGUCCAGUCAAUGAUACACUGUGGAUAGGAGCUUGUUACGAGGGUCUUGCAUCGGCUGCAGUAGUCAUUAACUACCCGAAAUCAGUGGCACUUUCUGGACUACGUAGAAAUGUCUAUUCACUCUCGGCAAAGAGGGGCUCUUCCAUGCUGAAUGAAGCCAAACUGAGGACUGGUAGUUUAAACAACAAAACCAACGGAAGUUAUGGAACAGAGAGUGUGCCUGAGAAUUUGUCUAAAGUAGCACCUGACCCGACUGACAUCAUAGAAAAAUACAGGGAAGCUCUGAUUAAUUAUAGCAAAUUCAAAGGUGCAGCGGUGAUUGAAAUAGAACUCAGCUUGAAAGCCUGUAGAGUCCUGACCAUGCAAGGGAAACAUCUGCAAGCUUCCUCUUUCCUGCAGAAUGUCAUCUACAUCAACUACAAUGUCAGCGAAGAGGAUAAGAUACUUAGGUAUUGCACUCUUUCCGAGCUGUAUUCCGAUAUUGGAUUUCAUCGAAAAGCGGCAUUCUUCAAGCGGAUAGCUGCCAUGCAGUGUGUGUCUUCCCCUCAGGCCACACAGCAGAACUGGGGUCAGUGUUAUAACCUCCUAGUCCAAGUCCUGGAGGGGUACAAUAUACACCACAGUCCAAAAGACAAACAUAUUGGUUCUGACACCGGGUGGCCUGUACUGCAGUCAAGAGUGCUCAAUGAACUCAUUUUUUCUGCUCGUAAGAUGGGUAAAAUACCACUUGCAAUCAGACACACCACCUUUAUGAUACAGUCAUUACACCAGUUCCUGUCACUCUCUGAGAGGAAGGACAUCUGCCGGACUCUGGAGCAGCUGACCGCUCAGUCGGACGGGAAUUGUCAGUCACUGGCUCUGGACAAUGGCAUGAUCCUCCCCCCUGUACCAUUCACCAGUAUACCCUACGUAAAGUCUUUCAAACUUAUAAGAUUGCGGCCUCACCUGGAACCAGUCAAAUUAAAGAAACUGGGAGAAUCAGCUUCAAAUACAGGGCCAUUUAUAUUUACACCUUUAAAUCUAGGAAAACAGAGAGAUACAGAAGAUGAGGGAAUGAUGGAUUUUUGUCUGGUGGCCCGUGAUUUGUGUGAAGUGCAAUUACAAGUUUACAACCCUUUACCAGAUGAAUUGAAAGUGAAUCAAAUGGGUUUAAUGGUAGAAGGAGUAGAAAUCGAGCCUUACCCCUGUAAUCCCUCCAUACCCGCGGAGACGGGGCCUUAUCUAGUCAAGUUAUUAUGGAGGCCCAAGACUGCAGGAGAUCUGGACAUUACAGGUUACUUUACUAGUGUCAUGGGAGUAAAAAGUCAUUGUAAACUGAAAGACUUGCCACAAAUCAAUUUGGAGAAAAUCACGGUCAAAGUGAUUCCUCAACUGCCUCAGGUCCAACUGACAACAUCGCUACCCAAGGCAGACAACUUCCUGUCUGGGAAUGACAGCGAAUACGUUGUUACCAGUGGAACAACAACCCUGUUUGCUGGACAGAGGUCUAUAGACUUAAAAGAUUUGUUACCAAGAAAGCCAUCAAAUACAGAAUUUUUAACCCAAAUGUUUGAGUGGAGUAUGGAAAACAUCCAAUCUCAGCUUCCAUUACAACCCAACAGUGUCAUGUGUUUCACAUUGUGCAUAAAUGGAGUGUCUGAUUUCAUGUCUCACACUGCAAACCAUGAAACUGCUGAGCCACAGUGUGUGGAGUGCUUGUUACGGAUUGAGUAUAGUGGAGGCCCAGGAUUACAGGACAGUUACUGUCGACAGUGUGCCGUCAAUUUGUCUGUAGAUAUUUGUCCAUCUGUGAUAAUACAAGCUUGGGAUGCAAUUCCAGCAGAAAGGCCUGACCACUGUUAUCUAGUCUUUGACCUGCUGAAUGCCUCAGACACUGAUCUCUCUGUUCAACAUUCCACACAGUCAUCUACUCAUAUCUUGCCAGGACACACAGAAAGAAUUGCUGUUGAAAUAGAGAGAUGUGAAUUUCCAUCAUUACCGGACAACGUUCAUCUUAGAAACCAUGUUAGACAAGGCCCAAUAGCCAAUCAUUAUAGUACUUAUUUAAACCAGUUUGUUGACAUCCGAUGGCAAAUGCCUUCUUUAAAAACCGGUGGCAAGGUUUCUAUAGAUCAUAUAGAAUGGUCUGAGGAGCAACUGAAUCAAAUUCAGAUUUCACCAAUUGUAUGGGAAGUAAAGCUAAAUGGUGCAUUUUUCCCGCUGAAGGAGUCAUUAGAUUUGUCUGUGAUGGAUUGCCUUGAUGUGGUGGCAAGAGUAACCAUUAACGAAGGUAUGUUAUACUUCAUAAUUAAUACAUUGACUUAUACCUGUAUCUCUCUCAAAUUUAUUCAUAGAAGCAUUGCCUUCUAUGAAACGGUGAAGGACGGCCAAGACUUGUUGAUUAAUCCCUCUUUCCUUAUUCACUGUGAAGGAAAAUACACAGUAGACAUUAAAUGUAUAGUGAUAUCAUCUGCUGAGGAAAACCCAGAACAAACAUUUCAUUAUCAUCCAGUACAACUUGAUGUGACACCUUGAAUAUUCCAAAAUAUGAUUUCAUUCAUUAUUUAAUUCAGAGGGUUUAUUUAAAAUUUCUCUCAGGAAAAUUAUUAAACCAAGAAUGUUGUGAGAGGUUAGUAUUUUCAACAGAUGUAAAAUUAAUUUUAAUUGAAUUUGUUGUUUUAGCUCUACAAGUCCAAUACUAGAAGAGCAAUAUUCAUUGGUAAAAUGUUUGCUGUCCUUUCAAUAUUGCCAGUCUGUCUCUCUGUAAUAAUUUUUUAUGAAUGUUACUCUUUCUUAAAUGGUAAUGUGAUUUCACGACUUGUCUAAAAAAAAAUCUUCAUUUCUAUUUAAGAAAACUAUGAUAUCAUUGCUGAUUUUUUGUAAAUUAAGCCUAAAACUUAAAAUGUUUUCAGAGAAGAAAAACAUAUGCAUCACAAAUCUGACUGCAUCCUCUAGUCAAUAGAGCAACAGUUUCUCCAGAGACUUGGUUUUUUAAGCAUUAUGCCAUGAAUUGAUCACUGACAUUGGCAAGUUAAUUCAUUUGAGACAGUACUGGAUAUUUCAUUUUUUUUUCAUAAUUUGGUGCUCAAACAUUUUUAAAUCAUUAUUGUAAGCUCAUUUUUUCACUUUAAUUGUGGGCAAUGUUUUACAGUUGGCUGUGAUUAUAAAAGGCAUUUUAUCCUCAGUCAUGCAAAUGUGUUGUUAUAUUUAGCAAUUAUUGCUUGUUAUUUAUCUAAUAAAUAAUACACCAAAA